GUCAAUUAGCUAAAUUCAUUUUUUUUAUAAAUAAUUAUUUAGUAAUAUUACAAUAAAAUUUAAAUUACAAUAAAGUUUAUAAUCAAAUAAUCAAUUUUUGUAUAUAGAAUCAUUUGCAUUAAAAUAAAGAUUUUUUUAUUUAAUUUUUAUUUUAUUUUUUAAAAUUUUUUUCACAUUAAAUAUACAAUUUUUUCUCAAUAGCUUCUUUAUUUUAAACAUUAAAUUAACAAUAAACAGUUUAAUAGUAAUCAAAUACUCCUCCUAAUCAUAUAUUUAAAUUCAAUAGAAGUAGUAUAUUUUAAUAAAUUUAUAAAAUUUCAAACAAACCAAGAAAUUUAAAAGUUUUAUAAUAGAAAAUUUAAAUUUAUAUAAAUAGAUACAACAAGCAUACCAAAAUACACAAUAAUAAAAUAGGUUUAAAAAUAAAUUUAAAAAGAGGGAAAUAAUAAUAAAAAAUACAAAGAUAAUAGUAGUACUCAAGCCACACCACAACUUUUUUACAUAUAAAAAUUUAUUUUUUAUUUUUUUUUUAAAAAAAAAAAUAAAUACUGUAUUUAUAUAUUAAAAUAUAUUAAGGUCAUAACAGUAACUAUAGCUCUAGUAAUAUUAUGGCCACAAAUCAACAGAAUAUAAAUAUAAAUAAUAGUAAUAAUAGUAUAAAUAUAAAUAAUAGUAAUAAUAAUAUAAAUAAUAAUAUAAAUAAUAAUAUAAAUAAUAAUAAUAACAAUAAUAAUGGUAAUUCAUAUGGGGAAAGUACAACUUCAACUUCAAUGAUACCACCAUCUAUUACUACUUCAUUAACACCAACACUAUCAUCCCAACCAAGUAAUAUUCAUAAUAUAAGUUUACACCAACCAAUAUUAACCACACAACAAGUUUUAUCUCCAAUGAUGGGAAGUAAAAGAAAAUUAGAAGAGGAUCCAAUUCAAGGCGGGGGUUUAUCAGGAAAUGAUUUUUUAUUAAAUAGUAAUAAUGGGUUAAAACCAAUUUUAGUUUCUUCACCAUUGGCCCAAUCACCUGGUUUAACAUCGAUGCAGAUGGCUUUUGCAAAUGCAUCUUUGUCAACUUCAACUCCAUCUACACCAUUAAGUAUGUCACCUUCAUUGGGACCUUGCUCAGCUCCAAUGUCUCCUUCAAAAAAAAGUAAAAACUCAAGAAAUAGUAAAUCGAAAUAUCUCAGUACUUCGACUGAAGAUGGCCAAAAUAGUAGAUGGGGUAACACUACAAAUACAACUACAGGUAAACCAUCAAGCCCGGGUAUAGUCAAGGGUCCAUGGAAAGAUGAGGAGGAUGCAAAAUUAGUCGAGCUUGUUAAUAAAUGCGGUCCAAAAGAAUGGUCUUCUAUUGCAGCCAAAAUUCCUGGUAGAAUCGGUAAACAAUGUAGAGAGAGAUGGUUUAAUCAUUUAAGUCCCGAGGUAAGAAAAACCAAUUGGACAGCUGAAGAAGAUAAGAUCAUCAUAGAUGCUCAUGCAACUCUUGGCAAUAAAUGGACAGCUAUUAGUAAGAUGUUGGACGGUAGACCUGCCAAUGCAAUUAAAAACCAUUGGAAUUCCACUUUAUUAAAAAGAAUUGGGGGCAGCGAAUCAAAAUCCUCACCUUCAACUUCAUCUAACAACAGUAAGGAUAUCAAAGAGGAGGAUGACGAUGAAGAAGAAGAAGACCAAGAAGGAAGCUCACCAGUUUUAUCACCAAUUUCGCUAUAUCAGUCUGAUCUUUCUCAACAAGGUCAAUUAAAUAACACAAUACCACCAUUCGCAUUAUCAUCAAGUACAACCACUACAACCACAACUACGACCACAGCAAAUAAUACAUCAAAUACCCCAACAACCAAUGAACCAUUAGUUGCACCAAAAAUAAUUAGGGCACAAACAACCCCAAAUUCUUCACCUUCACUCUCAUCUAAAAAAUCACAUGAUAAACAAAAAGUGCCACAAUCACCUAAAACAUUAGCUAAAAAUCAACAACAACAACCAGUCGUAAUUUCACAACCACACAUCCAACAAUUACCAAUUGAUCAACAAAUUCAAAAUAUUCAAAGUCAAUAUAACCAACAAAAUAUUCCACUACAACAACAAAAUGUAAAUAUUCAACAACAACAACAACCAACUUUAGAUCAAUAUCAAUAUCAACAACAACUAAUGCAACAAUACCAUCAACAAUAUCUUCAACAAUACUAUCACAUAAAUCAACAAAAUCAACAAAAUCAACAACAAAACCAACAAAAUCAACAACAAAACUUUAAUUUGCACCAACAACAAGCUCAACAACAUAUAACACAACAAUCACAACAAAAUUCUUUUAAUAAUGUAGAUAUGCCAUUUUCAAUUGGAGGUACAAAUUCUAAUGUGCCACCAACUUCAAUCGAAACACACGAAGUACCUUACUAUUAUGAUUAUUGGGGCGCUUCAAACACAACUACCCAACCACUUAUUUCACAUUCUGAUACAAGUAUACCUACUUCAACCUCAACUACCGCCUCUGGCGGAUUUACACAUGAGUUUUCAUCAAUGGACCCAAAUAACGAUUUUUUACUUUUUGAUAGCGAUCAUAAUAGAAUACAACCUUUACAACAACACCAACAUAUUAAACAAGAUCAUGCGCAAAUAAGUCAUUUACCUUAUCAUCCUAGUCCACAACAAUCACAGCAACAUAAUCUUUCUCAAUCCCAACCAGCCGUUUCAACACAACAACAAGACCAAGGUUAUAUAAACUAUGAUAUAAGUAGUUUAUUUAAUGUUGAAAUCUAAAAAAAAACAAAAAAAAAAAACAAAAAGCAUUAAAAUCAUGGUUUAAAAUUUUUUUUUUAGACAAAUAAAAAAAAGAUAAAAUAAAUAAAGUUUUUGGUGGUUUUUAUAACUUUUUUUUUUCUUUUGUAAAAUAUC